CCGCCAUGAUACCAUAGAAGAAGAAGUAGAUAACAAAGAAGAAGACUUGACUAGCUCUUGUCUUGUUGCCAGGAUCGCGAGAAGAGGGGGACAAGCUCACUCUGCAUCACGUUGCAGUUGGAGUCUGCUGUCCAAUCUAUCUGGCUUACCCUCAGAUCCUCCCUCUUCCCCUCCUGGUUCCUUCCCGAACCUCUUGCUCUCCUUAAACCCUCUUUACUUGGAGUGAACCACCAUGGCAGCAGCAAAGCCCAAAGGGCAGAACUCUCUGGCCCUCCACAAAGUGAUCAUGGUGGGCAGUGGUGGAGUGGGGAAGUCAGCCCUCACUCUGCAGUUCAUGUAUGACGAGUUUGUUGAGGACUAUGAACCAACCAAAGCGGACAGCUAUAGGAAAAAGGUAGUUCUGGAUGGGGAGGAGGUCCAGAUAGACAUCCUGGACACUGCGGGACAAGAGGACUAUGCUGCCAUCCGGGACAACUACUUCCGCAGUGGGGAGGGCUUCCUCUGUGUCUUCUCCAUCACUGAGGCAGAGUCGUUUGCAGCUACAGCAGACUUCAGGGAGCAGAUCUUGCGGGUGAAGGAGGAUGAGAGUGCGCCCUUCCUCCUGGUGGGGAACAAGUCUGACUUGGAGGACCGGCGGCAGGUCAGCGCGGAAGAGGCCAAGGCGCGUGCUGAACAGUGGGGCGUGUGCUACGUGGAGACCUCUGCCAAAACCCGUGCCAAUGUCGACAAGGUUUUCUUUGACCUGAUGAGAGAGAUCCGAGCGAGAAAGAUGGAGGACAGUAAAGAGAAAAACGGCAAGAAGAAAAGGAAAAGUUUGGCCAAGAGGAUUAGAGAGAGAUGCUGCAUUUUAUAGUGACAAGGGGGUCAGUGAUGACUGCUUUGUGUAUAUAAAUAUUUCACCUAUUUUUGCAUUUUAUUUGUGCCCAUAGAAGCCCCUUAAUCCUGGUUCUGGUACCCAGGGAUUCUAGUCUUGGAUCAGAAGUAACUGGUUGGUUGAACAAAAGGUGAGUGGCACUGACUGUGGCAAGUGGUUCAUGGACAGACUUGGCAGUCCCAUAAUCCUUGUUGCUCAUUCGAUCCUCUAUGCUCUGACACUCCUCAAACCUGCAGCCUCUUUAGUUCUUCUGGACCACAUGUUAGAGAUGGCACAGAGUUAAUGUGGUAAAAACAUUGGGCUUGGCUCUUUGUAGGCUGAUUUAAAUAUGACUUUAAAAAAAAAACGUGAAUAUAACAAAUUCUU